UGUGGUUGUCAGUGUACAGACCGUACAGACAUGGCCGCUCUCAGUAAAAUACCACACAGCUGCUACGAGAUCGGUCAUACAUGGGACCCUUCGUGUGUGCAGUCUGCAGUAGAUGUAGCAAGAGGUGCUUUGGAGGUCUCCUUCAAAAUAUACGCCCCUCUUUACCUGAUAGCAGCAGUGCUAAGGAGAAGGAAGAAGGAUUACUAUUUAAAAAGGCUUCUCCCAGAGAUCCUGUGGUCUACCUCUUUCCUCACUGCCAAUGGAGGUCUCUACAUUGUUUUCUUCUGCAUUCUCAGGAAACUGCUUGGAGGGUUCUACUCCUGGUCUGCCGGGUUUGGCUCGGCACUGCCUGCCUCCUAUAUUGCCAUCCUCCUGGAGCGCAAGAGCAGGAGAGGUCUGCUGACAAUAUACAUGACGAAUCUCGCCACUGAGACUCUGUUCCGUAUGGCAGUGACGCGAGGCAUCGUCAAACCCAUCAAGCACGGCGAGGUGCUUCUGUUCUGCAUAACUGCAUCGCUCUACAUGUUCUUCUUCAGGAGUAAAGACGGUCUCAAGGGAUUUGCAUUCUCUGCAUUAAAGUUCAUCAUUGGGAAAGAAGAGAUUCCAACUCACUCUGUAGCGGCAGAACAGAUCAGACCCCUCGAGAGGACAGCUGCUAUAGAGACUGAACAUUCACAGGCGUCGGCAGACAGACCCGACCCCAGGAGGAAAACUCUGGUAGCCUACACCAGGGAGCUGAUAGAAUCAAUAUGCAAAAAGGGUCCAAGACACAGAUGUUGCAAACAUUACCAAGACAACUGCAUUUCCUACUGUGUGAAAGGAUUUGUCAGGAUGUUCAGUGUUGGAUACCUGAUUCAGUGUUGUCUUAAAGUGCCGUCAGCGUUCAGGCACAUGUUUACUAAACCCUCACGACUCCCGUCACUCUUCUACAACAAGGAGAACUUCCAGCUAGGGGCCUUUCUAGGAUCCUUCGUCAGCAUCUACAAGGGAACAAGCUGCUUGCUGCGCUGGUUGCGCAACAUUGAUGAUGAACUCCAUGCACUGAUAGCUGGCUUCCUGGCUGGUACUUCGAUGUUCUUCUACAAGAGCACGUCAAUAUCUAUGUAUCUGUUCUCAAAGCUGGUGGAGACCAUGUACUUUAAGGGCAUCGAGUCUGGACGGUUCCCUUACUUUCCUCAUGCAGACACGGUCAUCUAUGCCAUCUCCACUGCAAUCUGUUUCCAAGCCGCUGUGAUGGAAGUGCAGAACCUCAGGCCUACAUACUGGAAGUUCCUGCUGCGUUUGACUAAGGGCAGAUUUGCUCUGAUGAACCGGCAUUUGCUAGAUGUGUUUGGGACUCAAGCCUCCAGGGACUUUAAAGGCUUUGUGCCCAAGCUGGACCCUCGUUUCACCACAGUGCUUCCACCAGGAGCUGACAUUCAACUGGGUUGAACUGGGAUCAGGCUGUGGGAGGGGAUGUUAGGGGUUACCUCAAUGGACAGUGUGGCUGUUAUUUCUGAGUAACUGAAGGAUCUUUUUAAAUGUGUUAUAACAGCUCAGGGGUUGUGAAGUCGUGUUAUUAGAUGGGAAAUGCUUUAGAGGAUGUCGGGCCCUAGAUGUGUCCAAAGCAAGGCGACAUGAGUGUCACGUUUGAUGCAAGCACGUUUAAGGCCUGGGGUUGUGGAAACGGGUAACUUGCAAAAUAAUGAAACAAUUUUACACACUUAAUAACCCUUUACACUACAAGAUAAAUAUUAAUAUCAAGAAAGCCAUUCAUGUUACACUUAAUUUGAAUACUAACAUGUUCUGCAGGUUAUGGAUGGUAAUAGUAAGUAAUCGACCUAAUAUGGUGUGUUUAGCCAAAUGACCACAAACAUUUUUUAAAAUGAAUUAAAUUUGGCUGCAACAGCAUUUCUUUUGACAAGAUGUUUCUUUAUUUUGCAAGUUACCUUAAAGUUUGUACUGACUGAACUCUGUUUGGUGACAUGGCUGAUUGCUUUCACGACAGGGCAAAAAUCACCAUCUAAUCUUUUUUGAAAUAGGCACCGUGAUACCUGAUUUAAGAGGAGAAAGAAUUUGUAAUCAUAACUCUCUGAUCAUUUCUAAAUGUGCACCUUUUAAUGGGUGCAAUUGAUGAUAUAUUGUAAUGUAGCCUUAUCGAAUAUUAUAUUCUAUAGUAGACAAGGAGAGAUGUAUUUAGAUUGUGUUCUAUGAUGUGAAACCAAGUGGUGGGAAAUCACCAUUUUUAACCAGUUACUUAAAUUGAUCUUGUUUUCUGUGAUGCAAAAUGCAAAGAAUGAAGUCACAUUUUUAGACAAUGAGUUAAAUGAAGCAGCAAGGACUUUGAAAAAGUUGGAAAUUAUAUUAUGGGGAACAUUUUGAAACCUGUUAGGUUAUAUAUCAAUUAAAAAAACGAAUUUCAGUUUUUUAAGUGUCCCAAAGUAACCAUUCAUUUCACCUUAAAGACAUAUACAGUAAAUUGGAAUUGAAUGGCAAUACACUAUACUGUUUACUUUAAUUAAAAAUUGUAUUACAUAGGCCAAGACUUUAUAAUGUGAUAAACUGCAUUGCAAGGGAGAGUAAUUUUAUAAAUCCAUAUCAUUUCAAGUCUGAUGUAAUAACAUUUGUUUGGGUUUAGAAAAGUCUGAAAAUCUACAUGACUGAAUUUUUAAUAUUCACUAAUACAGACUGGUUCAAAUUAAUUAUGUAGUUGUUUCAUAUGAGCUUAUAAAAUAUCUAUUAAAAAUUCAGUUGGCUGUUUGCAUUUAAAUGAAUACUCACUCAGUUUCCCAAUAGCUUCAUUUUCCACAUUGAUAAAAAAAAUGUAUCACUUAGGAAUUUGGAGCCACAUUGAAAUGUUGAAGGAUGAAGGCAAGGAAUAUGUUUCUGUGAAUAAAAAGCACACAGCUCAA